AUGGUCAGAAUUGCAGUAGCCGGCGGCACCGGAAACGUCGCAACCAACCUGCUAAAAUCCGUAAUCGCCUCCAACCAGCACGACAUCACAAUCCUCACACGAUCAGCGCCAUCAAAACCCCAUGCCUCACCCAAAGUCUCUUACCUCCAAGUCGAUUACACAAACCGCGGGGCCCUGACGACCGCUCUCCGCGGCUUCCACACAGUCCUCUCUUUCUUCGUCGUGCACCUCGACGUCGACAACGUCGCGCAGAAGAACCUGAUCCACGCGUCCAUCGCCGCGGGCGUAACGCGGUUCGCGCCCUCGGAAUGGGGCAUCGCCAACGGCAGCGGCGUAGCCAGUUACGACAACAAAGACUACAUCCGGCGGUACCUCGAGGACCUGGACGCCAAGGGCGAGCUCAACGGCAUGCAGUACUGCCUGUUCCAGCCCAGCAUCUUCAUGGACUACUUUGCGCAUCCGUACCCGCUGGAGCGCGACCUAAUUACCUGGCCGUUCUUCAUCGACUUUGAGAACAGACGCGCCAUGGUGCUUGAUGCGGGGGACCAGCCGCUCGUGCUGACGGCCAUCCAAGACGACGCGGAGAUACUGGCGCUCGCGCUCGCCGACACAGCGCGCCCGUGGCCACGUAUCGGCGGCAUCAGGGGGUGCCGCACGAGCAUCAACGAGCUGAUUGCUCUAGGCAAGAAGAUCCGCGGCGGCGAGUGGACAAUCGACCACAUCUCGAGCAAAGACGUCGAGAGCGGCGACGCAAAGUUCCCCUGGGUCCCGCUGUUAACGCAUCCGACUAUCCCCACCGACAUGAUCGAGUCCUUCUCCAAACAGUUCCUAUUCAUGUUUUUCACGGCCAUUGCACGGGGCGCGUGGAACGUUAGCGGCGAGCUCAACGACUUGUUUCCCCACUACAAGUUUAUGAGUGCGGACGAGUACCUUACCAAGGCUUGGGAGGGCAGGCCUUAGAUGCACAGUGGACAUGACGAGUUUCAUCUACUUUAUCAGUUCAUGGCUGAUUUGUAUGUUGCAUGGUUCUGGCACAGUGGUAAUGACGAGACAAUGAGCAUGCAGUGUGUGUGUGAAUGACAAGAGACAUCUUAUUCGAUAUCGGAAAAAAAAAAUAAGUUCCUUUGUCUCUAGGACAAGAAAAAGAACCUAUAUAAAAGAAGAAGAAGAAGAAGAAG